UGUCAAACUGCUUAAUCAUCCUCAGGUGGUCCAUCUGUAUAACAGAAAAUGGAUCGAAGAGACCAUGUAUCCUCGUUUUACAAUGAUUGGUCAAAGCAUCGGAUCUGUCUAUCUCUCAUGGGAAGCUCUUUCCAAGUUUACUCCUUUGUACUAUUUAGAUACGAGUGGAUAUGCUUUUACUUAUCCAGUUGCCAGGAUGUUUGGAUGCAAAGUUAUGUGCUAUACUCAUUACCCUACAAUCAGUUUGGACAUGCUGUCACGUGUUCAUUCUCGGAGUUCUAUGUACAAUAAUGAUGCCUUGAUUGCUAAAAGUGCCUUAUUGUCUAGGUGCAAAGUUGUUUAUUAUACCAUAUUUAGCUGGAUGUAUGGAUUUGCUGGUUCCUGUUCACAUCUUGCAAUGGUGAACUCCUCGUGGACGCAAUCUCAUAUUGAAAAACUAUGGGGAAUAACAUCUCGUACUAGGAGGGUGUACCCUCCUUGUGAUACUUCAGGUCUUCAGGUGCUCCCUCUUGAAAGGCAAAUGGAUUGUCCAAAUAUUAUAUCUGUAGCUCAAUUUCGUCCAGAGAAGGCUCACCCUCUCCAAUUGGAGGCUUUGGCACUUGCUAUAAAAAAGUUGGAAGCGCACCUACCUAGGCCUAAGCUCCAACUUGUGGGUAGUUGUAGAAACGAAGCAGAUGAGAAUAGACUUCAAAAUUUAAAGGGCAUGGCGAAAAAACUAAAUAUUGAAUAUGAUGUGGAGUUCCAUAAGAAUUUGAUGUACAGUGAUCUUGUGAGACUUUUAGGUGGUGCUGUUGCCGGUAUACAUUCCAUGAUAGAUGAACACUUUGGCAUAUGCAUUGUGGAGUACAUGGCUGCAGGAGCCAUACCAAUCGCUCAUAAUUCUGCUGGCCCGAAGAUGGACAUUGUUUUGCCUCAAGAUGGAAAGCAGACUGGAUUCCUGGCACAAGAUGUUGAAGAAUAUGCUGAUGCCAUCAUUGAAAUCAUUAAGAUGUCCAGUGCCCAAAGGAUGGAGAUGGCAACAGCUGCAAGGAGACGAGCUUCUUUGUUCUCGGAGCAAAGAUUUUACGAUGAUUUUAAAGCUGCGGUUCGACCGAUCUUGUCCCAUAGGUCCAAGUGAUCUUACAAUUGUUCUUAAAUAGGAGUUGGAUGCUAACAAGCCUGCCCACACGCUCACGUGCACUAUGUUCAUAUAAAUGAAACAUGCUAAAGAGUUGUGGUGCUCUUACAUCAUAUGGGCCAUAUAAAUCUGUUUUAGGGCAAAUCUUCCUGCUCUCUGACACACACAAUUGUUUUUUACAGAUACAUGCAUGUGGUCUUAGCCGCUUAAUGUUUUUUUGUCAACUAUAAUAAGAACAUUUUUACUUUAUCA